AUGACAGCACCCAAAACAAAGACCGUAAGAUUGUCAAAUGGAGUGAAAAUACCAAUUUUAGGACUGGGUACUUCCCACAUUGGUGGAUACUGCCAUUCUACAGUUGUCCAUGCUUUGAAAGAUUGUGGAUAUCGACUCAUUGACACAGCUGCGCGAUACAAAUGUGAAGAAGCUGUGGGCAAGGCAAUCAGAGAAAGCAAUGUUCCCAGGAAAGACAUUUUCCUGACAACAAAACUAUGGAAAUCUGAGCUCGGAUACAAGAAGACAAUAGAUGCCUUCAGUGCAUCCUUACAGAGACUGAAAGUAGAGUACAUUGAUUUGUAUUUAAUUCAUUGGCCAGUGUGUCCACAUGGUUCAAAUAAUGUGAAAUCAUUGAGAGCUGAGACGUGGAAAGCAAUGGAAGAGUUAUAUAAACAAGGUCUGUGUAAAGCCAUAGGAGUCAGCAAUUUUGAAGUUUCACAUUUGAGAGAUUUGGAAGAAACCUGGGACAUCAUACCACAUGUAAAUCAGAUAGAACAUCAUAUUUACUACAGACCUAUGGAGCUAAUACAGUAUUGCAAAGAUAAAGGAAUAUGUGUUGAGGGCUACUGCCCUCUAUCUCAGGGAUUAGCUUUAGAGGAACCAAUCAUCCAAGAAUUAGCAAAUAAAUACAAGAAGACUAAAUCUCAGAUACUGAUUAGAUGGAAUAUUCAGAAUGAUGUCGUCACAAUUCCAAAAACUACUAAAGAGUCUCGUGUCCAUGAGAACUUUCAGGUAUUUGAUUUUGAAAUCCAUGAAGAAGACAUGCAGAGAGUGAAUAGCAUACACAAGACAAAAAUGAAAAAACUCAUCUUGUCUUAA